AUGGCAUCUUGCAUGCUACGCCCAAGAGGAGGUUGGCUGCCCUUGCUGCUGGUAAGUGGAUUUAAAAUAAAAACAAAAGCAAACCCAAACCCAAACUCAAACCCACUCCCCCUACUCGGCUGUUUCUUUGGCAUAAAGAGCUGUUCCCUCAUCCCUAGGGUUGGUUGUGCCUCCCCGGUAAAGGAAGGAUCCCUGGAUAUAGACCCACUGCAUACCAGAAGUGGCUGCAGCAGUGUGGUGUAGCGGUUAGAGCGAAAGGCUAGUAUCUGGGAGACCAGGUUCGAAUUCCCACUCAGCAGUGAAACUCACUGGGGGGCCCUGAGCCAGUCAUUGCCUCUCAGCCUAACCUACCUCAAAGGGUUGUUGUGGAGACUAAAUGAGGAGGGGGAUAACCGUAUACACCACCUUGAGCUCCUUGGAGGAAAAGGUGAGAUAUUAAUGCAAGAAACAAACCAACAAACCAAGGAAUCUGGCUUAUACUGAGUCAGACCAUUGUUCAUCUAAGUAGUGUCCACACCAGAUAACAGCAUCUUUCUGUGGUUUCAGGCAGGGUUCUCUGGUGGCCUUACCAGUGCAGAUACUGAACCUGGGACCCUUUGCAUGCAAAGCAGGUGCUGUACAGCUGAGCUAUGGCUCUACCCCAAUCUAAAGCUGGCGUAGGCAUCAUCUUGCCCACAGCAAGACACAACACAAAAGGAAAACGCAUUUGGGAGGGAGGAGGAAAUACUCAGCCACUAGUUCUUAGUCUUGUUCUUGAAUGUGGGGCCACUGAAGCAGCUAGUUUAAGAGCCAAACUAGACAUGACAUUUGAUUGUGUAAAUGCUGUUACUGCAGUUACUUGGCUGGAGAACUGGAUUGUAAAAAUGGAGUGAUGUGAAUUUUGGAGGAUGCCUGCGUUUCAGUUCACGUAUCGUUCUGGAAAGCACAAAUUCAAUAGUUUGUGCCUUUAAAUGGAAACUGAAUCUCACUUCUUCCCUAUCCCUAGACUCUCAGCAUUUUAACUUCUGUUCUGUAGCUGAGAACAGAACUGGAAUAUUGGCAGGGCAGGGGCAGGAGGUAGUUGAGGACGGCACACAAAGAGGAGUGGGUAUGUUAGAGGAAAAUUAACGUAAUGGGAAAGUCAUUAUUUGCAAUUCAAAAAACGACAGAAGGACAGAGUCUAUUAGCACCGCAAAGUGAUUGACUGAUGCACAUAUACAAAUAUCCACAUUUUUCCAAAACCAUUUUCAAAAGUGCGUUUUUGUAUGUCAUUUUCACAAAUAUAUGCACAAUAAAAUAUAUAGGAUUUUAAAAUCUUGCAGCAUUCCAGGUUCCAGUGUGUUUCAAAGGUAUCUGUUCGUCUGAAGGAAUUUCAAAUACAGUAAUAUCCUUAGAUUCAAUCCUUGCAUAGAAAAGACUAAGAGACAAGCAUUUUCCACACAGCAGUUUAUGUAAAAAUGGCAAGAUGGUUUAAAGGGCAUGUUUCUUUAUUAUUAUUAUUAUUAUUAUUAUUAUUAUUAUACCCAGCCAUGGUUUUACUUUUUAAUCUAAAUCUGAUGAAUUAUUGCAUAGACCACUAUAUUGUACUAUUAGAUAUAUUUUAGAUUGGCUUGGGGAAUCAGUUGUGUUAGUUAAUCCAAGACAGAGAUUGUAUUUCUGGCGAAAUGUUUGACUUUACAUUAUCCUUCUAUGGGCUAAGAGUAUUUGCGUGAGUUUGUUGGUGAAACAGCCUAGGGGAGAUUUCUGAUUGUAUUGCACAUAUGACUUUGUACUACCAACCUUCACACUGUCAUUUGGGAUUUAAUUGUUUUUAUUGCAAACACCACCUAUUCACCAAACCACCAGAUGCUCAAAUACACCUGUACAGCAGGUUACAGGUGUGCAUCUGUGUAUUGGCUGUGAGGUGUAUGUUAUGUGACAGGAAUGGCGGAAGGGGACUCUAAAGGAGUUGUUAUGUUGCUCAGCCCUGAGGAGCACAUUGUGUUUACAGUGGUACCUCAGGUUAAGUAUUUAAUUCGUCCUGGAGGUCUGUUCUUAACCUGAAACUGUUCUUAACCUGAAGCACCACUUUAGCUAAUGGGUCCUCCUGCUACCGCCACGCCGCCGGAGCACGAUUUCUGUUCUCAUCCUGAAACAAAGUUCUUAACCUGAGGUACUAUUUAUGGGUUAGCGGAGUCUGUAACCUGAAGCAUAUGUAACCCGAGGUACCACUGUACUAACAUUGAUCAAUGAGGGCUAGAAACCUGUGUUUUGCUUUCAGCAGGCACAGUGCGUAUCCAAAAGCCACAUUCAAGCUCUUUAGCCCUGCUGAGGUGUUGCUUUUCUGCAGUUAGUGGAAACUGGAAUGGAAAUGGAAAUUUUUCAGAUAGCAGAUCAUGUACCAUGAUAUUAUCCAGCAAUGCUCUGUGACCAAGACCUGUCUAUAACGUUUUCUUAAAAAGAAAACAAGGGCCAUUCAGCAAAAGUCCCUGGGCAGCUUCAGUUAGAGGUUUGCUGCAGGCUGAACAAUUGCUAGAGACAUGUAUUUGGCAUUCCUGCUAAAAAAAACCCUAAAGGCUGAAGGCAGCAAAAAAGUGAUAUAAUCGGCACCGUCGCAUAUUGGAAGGGCUGCCUGGCAGAUGAUGAUGUGCCCAAUUAAUUUUCUCUUGUGCCACACCAGGGAUGAUGGGGAACCUCUGACCAAUGUGCCAGAUCUGGCCUGCCAGGCCUCCCCAAUGGCCCAGAAGGCCACUCCCCCCAAGUCCCCUGCCCCACACCAUUUGUGAUGUCAGGUGUGGGGCAGUUAGAGAUGCAGUUCAUCCCUGCAGAAGGCAGGAUUGAACUCCUGCUGUAACACCAAGCUACGCCCUUUCCCCUUAUGCAGGAAUGCCCACAGUCUCGGCUCACAGGCUGGAGUUUAGAAAGCAGCCAUUGCUAGGCUGCUGAUCCUGACCCAGACCGCAAGAUUUGGGUUUCGUGAAAGGCACCCAGGUCACCACCAGCUGCUCAUGCCCUCCAACUUGCACGCUUUGGGAAUAUAUUCCAGCACAGGAGGAAAUAGUGAGCUGGCUUUUUGCUCUCUCCUUUAAGCAGAAACCAGCUGAAACGCUGGUGGAUGGUCUUUAUUGCAGACUUAAAGCUGCAAUCCUAAGCACCAUUACUUGGAAGUAAGUCCCAUUGAACCAAUGGGGCAUGCUCCUGAGUAAACAUAUUCCGGGUGCCAGACUUUGCAAGGUGUUAUGUACUGAGUUGAAUAGGAUCCAAAAUGCAGCAGUCUGAUUGGUCCUAGAACAAUAGGAUCCAUAAUGCAGCAGUCUGAUUGGUCCUAGAACAAUAGGAUGCAGAAUGCAGCAGUCUGAUUGGUCCGCAGGAGCCACCCAAUCCAACUCCAGGUGGAAGUGAAUCCGCAACCUGAUUGGCCUAUAGGAGAAUCCCGGAAUUAGCCAAUCACGUGGGGCCCAUUGUGUAAAUAAUGUAUAUAAAGCAGACGUUUUGGGGGAACUGGCAUUCCUCACUACUAUGAGCUGAAUAAAGAAUAAAUAACUCAACUCCGAGUAUAUUUCACAGGAUCUAUUUAUUUAUUAGAUUUCUAUCCCCACUUUUCCACCAAGGACCUCAAGGUGCUGCAUGUCUCUCCCCCUCCCCAUUUUCUCCUCACAACAACCCUGUGAGGUAGGUUAGGCUGAGAGACAGUGACUGGCUCAAGGUCACCCAGCGAACUUCGUGUCUGGGUGGGGAUUUGAAUCUUGAGCUCCCAGGUCACCGUCCAACACUCUAACCACAAUAACACACAGGUUUUGACAUCUAAUCCCAUUCAAAGUACAUAGCAAACUGCUUGGGAAAAGAUAGCAUUGGGGGGGGGAAAUGAUGCAAGCUUUUGUGCUACACAGGACUCUUCCUCGGGAUGGAUAUUUAGGGUGGGGAAGAGUGAAAGGGGAAGAAAACAGUCCAUAGUGUUUACUCAACUAUAGCAAUAUAAUCUUUACCCAGACUUCUCUGUCGCUGGUGACAGGGCCCCUGGACAAAGCAGUAAAUGCAAAUAUUCCCCUUGGAAAUGCAAAACAGUUUUUAAACAAACCCUCGUGUGUUUAGCGCAACCUGGGCUUCACAGAUCACUUGGAAGAUGCAGUGUGUGUGUAUCAGUUAGGAUCAGGGAGCGACAAAUAUUUUAGGUCCUCCAUAGGCGCAUUUGGAUUUUUGACUGAGUGCAGAAGGUGCCACUCUGUCUGGGUAAAUUUCCUUCCCUGGAUCAGCCCCCGCUCGCUCUCCGAGAGACAGAAAGCCUGCACAUCAAGACUUCCCUUUUCCCAAUGGCUCUGGGUAAAGGUUGGAUCCCGCAGAAUGGAUCUGAGCCUUGAAAAGUACACAGACAGAGCUGGAAGAGGAAGUGGGGAAAGAGCACAACUCUUCCAACUUCCUCCUCCAGCUCUAUGGGCUUUUCAAAAAAGAAGGAACCAAGCCUCGUCGUGACCAAGGGGGCAGUGGGACAGGGGCCCUAGAAUGCUUAUGGAAGUGAGAGCUGAACCAUAAAUAAGGCUGAUUGCCAAAGAAUUGAUGCUUUUGAAUUAUGGUGCAGGAGACUCUUGAGAGUCCCAUGGACUGCAAGAAGAUCAAACCUCUCCAUUCUGAAGGAAAUCAGCCCUGAGUGCUCACUGGAAGGACAGAUCAUGAAGCUGAGGCUCCAAUGCUUUGGCCACCUCAUGAGAAGAGAAGACUCCCUGGAAAAGACCCUGAUGUUGGGAAAGAUGGAGGGCACAAGGAGAAGGGGACGGCAGAGGAAGAGAUGGCUGGACAGUGUUCUCAAAGCUACCAACAUGGGGAGGCAGUGGAAGAUAGGAGUGCCUGGCGUGCUCUGGUCCAGGGGGUCACGAAGUGUCGGACACGACUAAAUGACUAAACAACAACCAGGGGAAGACCCGCUCCUCCCCAGAGUACCAUUGCACCCAUGGGUGGCAUGUUGGCAACUCCAACUAUAGGAAAACAUUAGAAUCUGAGGCUGUGUACACACCAUGCAUUUAAAGCAGAUGGCUUCCCCCAGAGAAUGCUGGGAAAUGUAGUUUACUGCUCACAGAACUACAACCCCCAGCACCCUUAACAAACAACUGUUCUCAGGAUUCCAGGUUGGGGUGGCGACGGAUCUGCUUUAAAUACACGUCGCCUUAGAAAGCUGGAGAUAAUGUUGAAAAAGCACGAGGUGGAGACAGGGAAUCAGGGGAGCUGAAGCCACAACAUAGCUCAGUCAGUAAAGCAUGAGGCUCUGAAUCUCAGAGUUGUGGGUUUGAGCCCCACGUUGGGCAAAAGAUUCUUGCAUCACGGGGGGUUGGACUAGAUGACCCUCAUGGUCCCUUCCAUCUCUGAUGAUUCUAUGAAAGUCCAGCCUGAUGGGGUUUUUGAUGACGUUGCUCUGAAAUGCAUGAGGAACGACUUGUACAGGCAUCCUACCGAUAACAUGAGCCAGGUUAAACGGUGUUCGUGGGAAUCACAGUGCCAACAUCUGUGAGCAAGGCCUUCUGGGAAUUUAAAAAACCCUUACAUCUUUCACAUUAUGCCUUUCCCCCUGCCAGGUGCUGCUGCUGCUGCUCCUUCAGCCUGGACAACACAGUGAGUUGCUUCUAUGAUGAUAGCCAACAUUUUAAUGUCGGUUUUGUGUGUGGCUUUAGCUUUGCAAGGAAAUUCAGCAGGUGCAAUUUUCUCCAAGGUGGAGAUGCAGCAAUGGGGAGGGGUGCACCUGUUGAAAUGCUGCCUGCCUGAAAGCUGAUGUAAAGGUACUGAAGCUUAGGUGAUUACAGGAAAGCAUUUUAGGCAGUGCUAAAAUCCUCUUCACUGCAAGGCAGGGCGAUACGAAAGAGUAGCUACCUCUGAACUCUAUCAGAGGUCAGUGUUCAACCAGCCCUAAUUAUAUUUUUUCGGACUACAACUCCCAUCAUCCCUGACUAAACAGGCCAAGGAUGAUGGGAGUUGUAGUCCAACAACACCUGUGGACUCAAGGUCAAAGAACACUGGUUUAGAUGAACCCUGAAGAGCAAACAGUGCCUUACGUAGAAGUUUAUGUAAAGGUAGCUCAACAACCAUUUCCCAGGUUGAGAACCCCGAUUUGAGAGGGGGGCAAUUUGAGAGGGCACUUAACCCUUUAACCACCAGUUGUCCCCCAGCUCCAAUAUGCCCCUAACCCAUGGUUUCCCACCAUAGGGUUUCCAGACUGUUUGGAGGAAUGAGAACCCAGUGUGAGAAGGGACAAGUGGGGAAACAAAAGAAGUAAGGGCAAGUUAGUCCCAGCAUCCUAGUGACUAAACUACAAGAUGGCCAUUAGCAAAGAUGGCUUUUGGAAAGGAUCAGAUAAAUUCACGGAGGAAUAUAGGAAUUUUGCCUUAUAUUGAAUCAGACCACGGGUCCAUCUUGGUUAGAAUUGUCUUCAGUGACCAGCAGUGACUCUCUUAAGAUUUCAGACUUUCGCAGGCUUACUUGGAGAUGCCUGGAAGUGAACCUUCCUGCUGAACUGCGGCCUCAUUCGCAAGCAGAGGAUCAGUCUAUCAAAGCCCACCAGCCAGGAUAGACAGAAUAGAGCCUCCAUGUUCAAAGGCAGUGUGCUGUUGACUAAUACCAGUUUCGGGCCUUCGUGCCUGGACGGUGUGGGUAUCCUUGAGGUUUCCAGCUGGCCCCAGCUAUAAAUAGGAUUCUGGGAGACUAAUCCAAUCCAGCAGGGCUCUUCUUGCUUUAUUAAAAGUUUUUUGAUUUUGAAGAAACGGCCUCCUUCCUUGGGUUGAAAGAGAGUCAUUUUGGCACAGCUUGCUACCAAUUUGUUUCUAUGCCUGCUUGGUUUCAUCUCUUGCACUUUCUGGAGAAUCUGUGCCUUUGUGUGGAGGGUCUUUUAGUUUCAGAUGCAAUUCUGUAGAUUUUAUUCACAAACUGAAUAAUCCAUAAUGGAGAUUCAACUUUCUGCAUACUUGCCUCUUCCCUCUCUGCCUCGCCUCUCCAAAACAGGCAAAAAUAAAGAAUCCAUAACUACUACAAAGCCGUCCACAACAAGUGCAGGUAAGUAGAAUAACAACCUUUCUCUGGGCUUCUGAUGUUGCCUCUUCCUGGCGUGGAUUAAUCUGAGAUUAACUCAGUAUCUUCUGAAGCAGGAAGACGAGGAGCUGGUUAAUGCUGAAUCAGAUUAUUGAUCCAUCUAGCUCUAGCUCAUGGGUAGGCAAACUAAGACCCGGGGGCCGGAUCCGGCCCAAUCGCCUUCUAAAUCCAGCUCGCAGACGGUCCAGGAAUCAGCAUGUUUUUACAUGAGUAGAACAUGUCCUUUGAUUUAAAAUGCAUCUCUGGGCUAUUUGUGGAGCCUGCCUGGUGUUUUACAUGAGUAGAAUGUGUGCUUUUAUUUAAAAUGCAUCUCUGGAUUAUUUGUGGGGCAUAGGGAUUCGUUCAUAUUUUCCCCCAAAAUAUAGUCUGGCCCCCCACAAGGUCUGAGGGACAGUGGACCAGCCCAUAGCUGUCAACUUUCCAUUUUCUUGCGAGGAAUCCUAUUCAGAAUAAGGGGAUUUCCCUUUAAAAAAGGGAAACGUUGACAGCUAUGGACCACCCCCCUGCUGAAAAAGUUUGCUGACCCCUGAAAUUUCUAGCUCAUUAGUAUUGAAACUGGUUGGUAGCCACUCUGUUCUGGGGUUUCACGCAAUGUACUUCCUCUAUACAGAACAGGAGAGAAACCUGUGGCCCUCCAGAUAUUGGGAAACUACUGCUCACAUCACCCCUGGCCAUUGGCCAUGCUUGCUGGGGCUGAUGGGAGCUAUAGUUCACCAACAUCUGGAGGGCUGAAGGUUCCCAGCACCUUGUUUACAGGGACUGACAGCUCUCCAGGACUUUAGACAGGCACCUCUCCCUCCAAAGCCUACCUGGAGAUGUCAGGGAUUGAACCUGAGUCCUUCUGCAUGCCUAGCAGGUGCUCUACCAAUGAGCUAUGACAUUUCCCCUAAAUUCUGGCCUGAAUCGAGGAGUGGAUCUGCCACAAACAUUAGAAGCUCAAUGUUGGAGCUGGUUCAGCUGCAGGUCAGAAUAGAGACUCAAAGACGAGCGGUAAAGUUGAUUCUUUAUUCGUGGAAUCAGAAUACAAACAGAGAAACCUAUGGGCAAGACUGGCCUCAGUAAAGCAGAUGCCAGAACUGACGAUAUGGGUCUCUCACUUCCCCCUAAGUCUCCUCCCCAGCCAGCUGUUUCUCCAGUAGUCUUAAGCUCCACCGGGGAGGGUCCCUCUGUGCUCUUUGCUCUGCAACAUGCAAAGCCCUCCAUGCCCUUGGAGGCAAGAGAGAAGAGUUCAGGGAGGCAGGAGAGGAUAUAUUGUUUAUUAAUAUCCUUCUGAACUUGCACUAGCAAGUUCUAUAACUUAGCAGAGUUUUACAUUCCCCUUUUAAACACACAGCGGAUAGCUGGUUGCAGGCUUGUUUAAGCCUCUCAAUAUUAGAUUCCUGGUAAUUUCCCUUAUGUCCCUCUUCAAAGAAUAAACAUGCCACAAUCUUGUGUAAAGUAUAUAAAAGAAGUUUACUCACAUCAUCAGUUCACAGUUGGAUCCCUGAAGGCAGACUUAGUUGCAAAGUAUAUAUAUACAUGUGGAUCUAUCCCAUAUGGAGAUAAUCCCAGUGUUCUCUGUUGGCUGAGAGCCAACAGAUCAAUUCUAGCUAAAAGCUGCUCCAACGACGGAGGAGGUCAAAGAGAGAGGGCAUGCUGCGUGACGUGCCCUUUUGUUACCUGGACAGGUAAGGUCACACCCACCUCUAGUCACAUGCAAAAGGAAGUAUGUCCCAGCCUGGAGGAAACCAGAAGUUUUUGACCGGCUGGACUAAACAUUCCCCCGCAUGUCCACUCUAGGAAAACAAGGAAUGUUGUACUUGACUGCUACUUAUGUCUCACAUCCCACAAGGAGAGCUGAAUACAGUAGGACCAGGCGGGGCUAACACCCUAAACUAGCUCCCCAACUGCCUUGGUAUCCUCCAGAUUCUGUUGUUGGACUCCAGUUCCUAUCAGCCCCAGCCUGCUCAGCUAUUGGUCAGGGUCGAUGGGACUUGCAGCCAACAAGUGUCUGGUGGACACCACACUGGGGAAAGGCUUCUCUAACCCCUGCCUUCAUUUCGUUGCCACCACAGAUCCCUGCAAAUACCCCGGGGAAGUUGGUGGAAACUUUGUCGUUGUGUACUGUCCCUUGGAUAAUGCAAAUGUCACAGAAGUUUUCAGACGACCAGAAGUGAUGGACCAGGAUCCAGGCUGCGUCAACAGCACCAGCCUUCCCACUCGGUGCCAACAGCAUGUGAUCUUGGAUAAAAACUGUUCCUCACUCGCUGACUGCCUUGAGUGCGGAGGUAAGGGCAGAAAUCCACACUCCACAGUCUGCGUCAAGAUGGAACCCGGGUUCUGCAUGCCGAAGGCCCUUUGCAAAGCAAAUGAGACUGAUGAAAGGACCCUCCUUUAAAAAAAUAAAUAAAAUAAAUUUAAACAUAUCAGUGUAGUAUAGUAUCAAAAUAUUUUCUUUCACUUGAAGAAUAUGUAGCUGCAUUGUUUUAUACUUUCUGGGUGUCCUAUGUUCAUAAAAAGGUAAAGGGACCCCUGACCAUUAGGUCCAGUCGUGGCCGACUCUGGGGUUGCGGCGCUCAUCUCGCUUUAUUGGCCAAGGGAGCUGGUGUACAGCUUCUGGCGAACCAGAGCAGCACACGGAAACGCCGUUUACCUUCCCGCCGGAGCGGUACCUAUUUAUCAACUUGCACUUCGACGUGCUUUCGAACUGCUAGGUUGGCAGGAGCAGGGACCGAGCAACGGGAGCUCACCCUGUCACGGGGAUUUGAACCGCUGACCUUCUGAUCGGCAAGUCCUAGGCUCUGUGGUUUAACCCACAGCGCCACCUGCGUCACUGUCCUAUGUUCAUAUUACAAAGUAAAAUCAUAGAAUCAUAGGAUCAUCAUUCUAGUCCAACCCCCCUGCAAUGCAGGAAUGUUUUUGCCCAACUUAGACUCGAUUAAGAGUCUAAUGCUCUACCAACUGAGCUAUUCCAUCUUAAGUCAUAAAUCAAGCACUGCUGCAAGUUGUUUCCUUUUGUUUUCCAGUGCAUUUUUUGUCAACAAAAAAAUCUGUAUGGCACGAGCAAAUAUAUAUUCUCAAAGUGUGGGCCGGGGGUGGGGGGUGGGAAGAGUUUGAGAGCCACUGACUUAGAAUCCCCUGGCCCGGCCAUUUCUUCUUUCUCCACAUCCAUCACUUUCCAAACUGCAGACACCCCAUUUCUUCUUUUUUCUUUUAAGUGGAUUUGUUGUGCUAAGGCAACGGAGUGCUUCGAUCUACUUUCUUUCCGCAAACCAAAAGUUUGAGGUUGCGUUUGUGUCCCUCCUGCUAAAUAGCAGCAGUCCAAAGGCCCCCUAGAGCAGGCCCCAGUGUUAGGUGCAAUGAAUUUGGGUCUGGUCUCCCUAUAAGGAGUGGUCUGUGGGGCUGAAGUGCACAUUGAUUGCUCAUUCUCUGCUUCUGCUUCUGAACAGAGCCAUGCCCUGUGCAAAAACUCACCCAAAGGGACCAGACCAACCAUUCUGUAACUCUUCACUGGCAAAUCUCCAACGACUGCUGCUACAAGGCGCACAGAGGCAGCGCUACGACAGUCCUUAAAGCCAGCAUCAGUAACUGCACAGCCAACAUCCCAAAACUGUCGCCUGGGCAGAACUACAACAUGACAGUGUUCAGAAAACUGGAUGGACGGUGCAGCAAGGGAUCAUCCAUCACUGCCUUCACCUGUGAGUCUCGCCAUUACCUUCUACUUGUGGGAAAUUGCAGUCAGACACAGCAAGCAAGCUUAGGGCUAGUUAAUGCAUGAAGGGGUUAAAACCACAGAAUUGUACUCCUAGACUCAGCCAGGUCACGCCCCCCUCAGCUCUUAGAAGAAAGUUAAGUUUCCUCCUUUCUUUGGUCUUUUUCACCAUGUGAGAUAGGAGGCACCUGAGCUUGCUCGCUGCAAGCUCAGACCACAUGCUUAGAGCCAAAAUUUCUGCCUGUGUUUACUUUUGCUGCUGCAUGGAUAAAUGCAUGAAACUUUGGAACUUUGUAAGCAAAGCAUUUUUAAACUUACUAAGGUGCAAGGUCUGUUCAGUGCUAAGAGGGGUAGAAAUGGGAAGCUCUGGUAGCAGACUAAACAGGAUAUUAAAAGGUUUAACAGCCUAAAUCCCUACGCUACACUGCUGCUUGCUUUUGUAACUUUCUAAAACACUGCUGGGGGCUCUCUCUUGCUGGAGAAUGUGUUUAGCUCUGCACUUUGGAUCUAGGGAUCCAGCCAAUUCUUUUAUUUAUUACCCCACACAGCUGAUCUAUAUCUAUUUUCCCCCACUCUGCGAGCAGCAGCUGAAACCAGGUCUUUGGACAGCAGGGUGGGCAACCCCUGGCCCUCCAUUCGUUGUUGGACUAUAGAUCCUAUCAUCCCUGCCUAUUGGCCAUGCUGGCUGGGGCUGAUGGGUGCUGGAGUCUUGAGGGGCUAUGGGUUUCCCCUCCCUUCUCUGCAAGGCACUGUAUGUUAGCCGAGGUGUGUGUGGCGAUGUCUGGAGCACUGAGGAAUAGAGAACAAGUUGUUAUCUUGUGCUCUGAUAGUGUAGCCUGCUUAAAUUUUAUCCUAACUACCGUAGCUUGGCUGUGUGCAUGCUCAUAUUGAUCCAUAAAUGUGUGUGUGUGUGUGUGUGUGUGUGUGUGUGUGGUUAGAUAUGCAGCAUAUUUCAUUUUAUUUAAGCUAUGCCCUGCCUUCCCGAUCAUCAGGAUCCGCAGGGCAACUUAGCAGCGAUAUAAAAGCAAGGUUUUAGAUGUAAUUAAACGGCAGUCAGUAUUUCAGCACAGCAGCAGUAAACCAGCAGAGUUGGUUAAUUGAAGGUAAGUACAGUGGUACCUCAGGAUAAAAACGUAAUUCGUUCCGGAGGUCUGUACUUAACCUGAAACUGUUCUUAACCUGAAGCACCACUUUAGCUAAUGGGGCCUCCUGCUGCUACCACACCGCCGGAGCACAAUUUCUGUUCUCAUCCUGAAGCAAAGUUCUUAACCCGAGGUAAUAUUUCUGGGUUAGCAGUCUGCAACCUGAAGUGUCUGUAACCCGAGGUACUACUGUAGUUGAGCUCUUAUCCCAAGCUUUACUUGCUACCUGAACUCCAGCAGCGGAAAGAACUGUGAGCCUCCUUCAGAACAAAGUCCAGAAACUAGGUAGGCACUGCUGCCAGGGUGCCCCUGUUGUAUAUAGCCAGUGUCGCAUAACACAACAAGUAGCAGAGGCUCUGCUCAGGUAGCCAUGGAAUGAUGCUACUGCCAUUUCAGUAGCCAAGGGCAGAUGAUUCACAGGUGUGGAGGCAAGGAGUUGGGAAACUGGAAGGUAGGGUGUGUGUGUGUGUGUGUGUGUGUGUGUGUGUGUGUGUGUAGUAUCAUGGAAAUGCUGUGGCAUGUGGGAGCCCUGGACAGGAGCUCUCCACACUGUGUCAUUUUCUUACAGGACCAGCUUAUGCCUGUAGGUCUGCUCGUAUCAAAGAGCCUAGAGGGUCCUUCUGUUUCUCCAAUCCAGGCCCUUCACCUGUCCUGUACAUCAAUAUACAGAAUCGCACGGUGAAUGCGCUGCAGAUUGAAUGGGCGGCGCCCAAGGACCCUCACGCCAGCCUCUAUAGAUACAAGGUCUGCUUGCCAGAGUGCCACAACACCUCCGGAAGCUUGCUUUGGGUGCACAACCUGACAGAAGGCAAAACAUACGACGUUGAGGUCUUUGCCGUUUCUGCCAACAACGUCUCCAGCAUCGGGAGCACCAAACAGGCCACCACAGGUAGGCUGAGGCCAGGGGAGAAAGGGAAGCAGCAGCCAGGACCCUGAGAACUUUCCCCUGCCCCUAGUAGAUUGAGUCACAUAGAAAUCGCUCCCAAGCUCCCAUAUCAGCACCACAGACCUCAGCGAGCAGGCGGUGGCUUGCGGAACAGGGAGGGGAAACCUGUAGCCCCUCAAGACUCCAACUCCCAUCAGCACGAGCACAUCGUCCCAUACCCUCCAACAUUUCUCCAAUGAAAAUAGGGAUGUCCUAUUCCAUUAUUAAUAUUAAUAUUAAUAUUAAUAUUAAUAUUAAUAUUAAUACCGCACCCAUCUGACUGGGUUGCCUCAGCCACUCUGGGUGGCUUCCAACUUAUAUAAAAGCAUAAUUAAACAUUUAUAUUUUUAAAAAAACUUCCCUAUAGAAGGGUGCCUUCAGGUGUCUUCUAAAGGUUGUAUCAUUACUUAUCUCUUUGGCUUGGGGGGGUCACAUAACUCCAUUGCCCUCCAACACCUCUCCAACAGGGACGUCCUAAGGAAAUGUGGGGCAUUCUGGGAUCAAAUCAGAAACUGGGACAGCUUCUGUUAAUCUUGGAAAAUGGGGAUACUUGGAGGAUCUGUCAUCAGGACAAGCUUUAGGCCUGAGAGGGAUUUGUGGGCCCCCCAAUUCUCUAAUUUCCCACAGCAACGCUAGGUCAGAGUCACAGUGGGGAAUUAAAAUGGCCGCCGUUCAAAUUUCCCACCGCAGCAAUAGGAUGUUGCGGGAACUCUAGAUGGCAGCUCCUAGACCCAGUCAUUCAGUGGUCAAACCACUAGUCAAAGGGGCAGGGAUCAGGAUUGGGCCCAGCUGGGGUGCCCCCAUUUUGAGACGAGGUGAGAGUAUCGUAGGCUUUGGCUUGGAGGGAUGUGCUGCUCAGAUUAAGGACGCUGUGCUCCCAACAUCCUCAAGGCCAGCAGGGGCUGCCGUGGUGUGUUAAGUGAGCCUGCUCUUUCCCUCAGCUCCAAAUGCUCCUGAGAAUAUAAGCGUGUCGCAGUGCGAGACCAACAGCAUCCCUGUUUCCUGGGAUCGACCCAAAGACCACAAUGCCACACACUAUUCGUACAGGGUGAGCUGGCACGGCGGAAAAGGCGCAAACCUGUCAGGGAACAAAUUGGUUGGAGUCGAUUGCCUCAGCUACAACAUCACACAACUCCAGCCAGGGAUCCUGUACUCAGUGAAGGUGGCCUCCAAGUUCGGCAGGGUUAAGAGCAAAGAAGCCAGCAAAUGGGCUCUGACAUGUGAGUGCAACUGUCAUGGUCCGGCGGGGGGGGGGGGGGGAGGAAUGGCAAUGUGGCUUGGACUUUGGGCAGUGUGGUGUAGUGGUUGGAGGCUUGGACUGGGGUGGGGAGAACCAGUUUCAGAUCUCCACUCAGCCAUGAAACUCACUGGGAGACGUUGAGCUAGGCAUGGCCACUCCACCUAGCUUUACCUUUCAGGCAAGGGUGGAUCAGCUCAGUUGCUUAGAGCCUGGUGGUGAUAAGGCCAAGGUUCCAGGUUCGAUCCCUGUAUGGGACAGCUGCAUAUUCCUGCAUUGCAAGGGGUUGGACUAGAUGACCCUCAGGGUCCCUUCCAACUCUACAAUUCUGUGAUCUCCUAUGAAACUAGCAAAGCUUAAGCUUCAGGGCCCGUAAUCCUAAAGGCGCCCCAGAAGCGACUUUAGUUCAAAGUGCUUAAAACUUUUUGGGGUCUAGAACACCCAGUUUGAGUUGCAUGACUCUAUUUGAUUAAUUUUUUUGUUGAAUAUAUUUCAACAAUCCCAAAGAUCAAGAGUCGGUAGCACAGAUGUUGUGGUGUGGCAACCUGCUGUGGAACAGCCCCAUUGAAGAGGAUAACAGUGGUUACCUAGACGUUGUUGCAAAGGGGCCCCCAUGAGAGUUCAGUCCGCCAUGGCUUACAAGGUUGUUGUCAGUGCUUUUUUUCUUAAAAUUUUUAAGAAAUUCUACACUUAGUGUAGAAGCAGCUGGAGAAAAGAGGUCCCAGGUCCAAGGAGAGUGGCAUUUUAUGAGCAUGCAUUAAGGGAGAAGCUGCGUCUAGUCUUUGAAAGACACCUCUGUAAAUGGGGGCGUGGGGUGGCUGCUGUUGGGCAAUGUCUUUAUAAGGACCAACCCAAAUGUCAGAAAAUAGUGUAAGCUUCUGAGUUCAACAGGACUCUUCAUCAGGCUGGAUGAUGCAGGGGUGGCAUUACCUAACUGUGGGUGGGGGGCAGUUCUCCCCUCCUGUAGACUAACACGACAACCUCUGCUUUCUUUGUGACUUGGCUCUCUUGACAAAUCUUGCCUCCUCCUUUCAGGCCCCUUGCCCCCUACAGAUUUCAGGGUCCGCAAUAGCAGCCAGACAGAAAUUGAAUUAUCCUGGAGGAAGCCGAGCUCAGCUUUCAGCAGCUUUCUGCUUCGGUGGAAGAAGCAGAACGAGUCCAACGACAAAGAAAUGCGUCUUGGUACUUCAACUGAGAUGACUUUGAGAGGUCUCACUCCAAGCUCCAACUACACCUUCACUUUGCUGAGCGUAGCAGAAGGAGAAAACAAGACCGCGUACAGCGUUGGCGUUCUGCAAGAAGGGGCUACAAGUACUUACAGUUUUCUUUGGGGGGGGCAGAAAAUGGGGUGGUCCCAUCCUCUCUCAAAAGCGGGUCUUGGCAUGCAAGAAAGCAUCGACUUUCAUGGCAGGAGUUCCACAGGCAGCGGGGCUCAACGGGGAGCUACACACACACACAAACACACACACACUUUGAAAUGAUUGAGUGGCCUAUGCUACAAAUUAGUAGAGGGAAGGUCUAACCCAGCCACACACAGGUGUUGAGCCUCACUGCCCCCCAACCCCGUCGCUUGUUGCUGAACCAGGCUAUUGGUCCAUCUUACCCAAUAAUGGUGGCUGGUGCUCACUGGUGGGCAGAAGGCAGGGAGCCCAACAUCAGGGGGCGCCAGAGAGGAGGUGGAGGGUUCGCCAAGGGGGACAAAACUAGGAUUCAUUGCCUCUACCUCUCACUGGCUCUCUGGCGUCUGCCUCUGCUUCUGCUUCUGGCCUUUUCUUUGCCACUAUUCCUCUACAUCCAACCAGUCUGUGACAUACAGUUCCUAGAGCAGUUUAGCAAUCACUACCUCCAUCCAGUGGUGUGAAUGUCACCUGAUGUCAGGCUUCGGGGAUCCUGCCCCGCCCCCCCGUGCAGUAAAGAAGCAGAUCAAAAGAAAGAGCACCUUACCAGUUAGUUUCUUUAAUAAUCACAGCGAGAGACAAAGGAAUGCGUAUCUCUCUAAAAAUAUGGCAACGCUCCCAGUAAGGAUACACUCCUUCCGUCCCCAUUAAUCGACGUCACUCCUACGUCAGGUAAUCUGAGCUUGUUGCCACUGAGCUCUCUGUUCUAUCACUCUCAAAGCCCAUCUAGUCUUAGGUGAAGGGGGGGCAGGAAUGCUUUCCAAGGACACUGAAUCGGCCAGCUCUCUCUCUCUCUCUCUCUCUCUCUCUCUCUCUCUCUCUCUCUCCUGGUGUUUCCUCUUCUAGUUGUGCCUCACCCAGUAUUUCCCAGCUUUCCCCCUUUGGACCAUGCCCCUUUGCCAACCACUGUUCUAAAUCUAUGCUGUCCUCCUGCCCAUGGGAAGGUUCAGGAGAAGGGCAUCUAGUCCCUGACACCUGAAGUAGAGGAAGCUAACAGGCACUGCCAUCCCCUAGACUGGUGGUAAACAGGUGAUUCAUUCCUUGGCGCCUGGAUCUGCUGACCCUGCAGGUCCCGCUGCCCAGGGUCAGCAUAACAACAUCAACAACAAUUAUCAUUCUAUAUUUAAAUGGGUACCUACUGAGAAGAUCCAUAAAAAAGCAACUGUACCAAAAAGAAUUACUGUGAAAAUAUGAAAUAUUCAAGGGAAGGGCUCACCAGCCUUUAUCCUUGCCCAGGGCACCAUAUUAUCAAAGUCUGCCCCUGCCAAGGUGGUUGCCUCAUUUUGUCUCAUGGGUGGCCUGCCCUGUCUUUGGCAGAUGUGGCCAGGGAAACCUAGCCAGAUGGGCGGGGUAUAAAGAAUAGAAUUGGAAACUUCACCCAUUUCCUAUUGAGGUCCUAUUGAAAAAAGGAUGGGAUUGACAUGUUUGUGGGCAUGCAAUAUAUAUAUAUAUAUAUAUAUAUAUAUAUAUAUAUAUAUACCCACAGUACUCUCUGCUUCCCACCUGCACAGAGCCGGACCACGUGAAUAAUUUGAAGUGUGAUUCCUCCAUGUGGGGCGACCGUCUGGUAUUGUCCUGGACGUGCCCAGCCAGCAAGGUCAGUAAAUUGCAGGUCUACCUGUCAGACCAGCUUGUCCAGGAAUGGACCAUCUGCAAAGAGGAGACGGAGAUUGACAACCUGCAACCCGCCUGGAGCUACUUGGUCCAAGUGCAGACAUUCUGGUAUGAGCAGGAGGUGGCGUCCACCCAGAAGAUGUGCACCACCAGCAACGCAGGUGAGACACAUCUGAGCAAGCCUUUCAGUAGGCAGGCUGGGGGUGAAGUGUGCUGUUUAAAAACGCUUCUUUCUGAAUGACGGCAUCCUUGGCGAACAAGUAACCAAACAAUUAAACCUCUGUGUUGCAAACAAUUAUCAGUAAUAUCCAAGGCAACACGAUGACCAAGUACAACAAUGCAAUAUCAAUAUAAACUCUUUAUAAAAUCUAUACAGAACAUUGAACAAUAUGAAAUAUAUGAAACUCUCUGCAAAACCAAAUAAACAGAAAUCUUAUAAAUCUCUGAAAGUCCCAAAAUGUGCACUCUUGGUGGAUUCUCUUGAAAACAUAGAACCAUUGCAUUGUUGUACUUGGUCAUCGUGUUGCCUUGGAUAUUACUGACCCUUGGCGAGCAGGCACAGAGCAGCCUGGGGUGAGGGGUGCGGGCUGUUCUACGCAAAAUGCAUGAAAAGGCUUGGGAGGUCUCAAAGCCAUCUUAACACCAGGGACCAGCGGCUUGUCUAGUCUGGGAUUGUCAGGGUUCCGGAUGCUGUGGACUCCAGUUCCCAUCAGCCCCAGCAGUCACUACCAGCCGCAGAAGCGAUGAUGCUUUGUCUCUGUGCCAGAGGCAGCAAUGCACCUGCAUCCCGGUUGCUUGAAAGCCCCACAGGAGGGGAGGCUGUUCUUGUGCUCGGAUUCUGCCUGCAGGUUCCCACAGCCACCUGGCCGGCCCCUGUGAGAAUGGGGGCUGGACCAGAUGGGCCAACAACAUCAGUCCUACCAGCAGAGCCUUUUCCGGGUCUGUCCCAUUGCCUGCGACUUGAUCCUUUUAAAAUAAUACAGUGGUACAUUGGGUUAAGAACUUAAUUCGUUCUGGAGGUCCGUUCUUAACCUGAAACUGUUCUUAACCUGAAGACCACUUUAGCUAAUGGGGCCUCCUGCUGCUGCCGCACGAUUUCUAUUCUCAUCCUGAGGUAAAGUUCUUAACCCGAGGUAAUAUUUCUGGGUAAAUGGAGUCUGUAACCUGAAGUGUAUGUAACCCGAGGUACCACUGUAUUGGAGCCACCAGGGAUUGAAUCUGGGGAGUUCUGCAUGCCAAGCAGGUGCUCAGCAGACCACUAAGCUGUGCUCCCUUCCUUUCCUGUGCACCUUCCUUCAUUUAUACUCUGCUUAGAAUCAUAGAUUUUAAGUGUGAGAAGGGACCAUGGGGUAACCGAUUCCUGCACUGGUCACUUCCAACUUCCAACGGAGGGAGGACCACGAGUUUCCCAUCCCCGACUUAGACAUGCACACAGACUUUGUAGCAGCAUUUUCUUUCUUUGUCUUUAGGGGUCAUCCUUGAAACUCUGCUCCCUGUGCUGCUUUUCUCAGGCCUCCUCGGCCUGCUGCUGUUCUAUUUCUGGAGGAAAAGGUGAGCAAGCUCAAUAUGGCAGGCUUCCUCUGCACAGCAUUAUUGACCCCAGCGGGGGGCGGGGGGGGGAGCAUCAGGGCCUCCGUAACCUGAAUCCGGAGGCACAAAGGAAAAGAAAACAAGCUGCGGCUUGUCUUUCCCCCCUGACGCAUUUCCUCUAGAGGGGUGGGGGGCAAAGGGCUAGGCAGUGCACUGAAGUCUUCUCUCCAGCUACAAAAAGUCAUAAGAGAACAAGAAGAGUCCUCCUGGAUCCGGCCAGUGUUCCAUCUAGUCCAGCAUCCUGUUCCCAUUGUAAUAAACAAAAACCUGCCCUUAUGGGGGACACAAUAGCCCUUAUAGAGUCCUUUGUAGGUUCUCCAUCGGUAGGAGAAGAUAACAGAGGCCAACCAGAGAAUAUUGAGGAGCAAAGCAGCUCAUAAGCUGGAUCUUUACUGAACUGUUGCAACAGGGUGCUCCCCUCACACGCAGGAAGCCGGAGGAGGACCCAGAACCAAGAUGUGCCUGCCCUUAUACAGACAUUUUAAAUUCGCUGCCCUGGAGCUCAAGACCACCCCACCAUACAUCAUGCAUACAUCACAGAAGGGGUGUAACCCAAGACCACCCCCCACAAACACCAUACCUACAUCACAGAAAAGGUGGUCUACAACAGAAAUUUGAAUGUUGUUUUUCGUGUCUGCCAGGUUAUCUGAUAAUGCCUUAUCUGAUUGCCUUUCCUGGUAGUCUGGCCAUUCCUUUGAGAUGGUGAUUUCCCAAUUCCUGAGACAAUGGGAAGGUUCCCUCACCCCCUCCAUCCUUGCAGAGAAAACAUUUGGUCAGUUUGAGAGUCAAAAUGGUUUCAGGGUGGUCUUUCUGUGCUGCUCCAGACAUGUGGUCCACAUAUCUAUGUACGUGCUUGGUUGGUACAUUCAUGAACAUAUAUAUAUAUAUGACCUUAAAUUUUUUAUUUCACCACAGUGGCCAACCAAAUGCCUAUGGGAAACCAAUAACCAGGACCCAAGCACAAGAGCCUUCUCCCCUCCUGGUAUUCAGAAGUCUCCAACCGUGGAGGCAAAGCGUAGCCAUCAUGUAUAUAGGAACCAUGUUAGCCAUGACCUCCAAGAGUUAGUCCAAUCCUCUUUUAAAGUUAACCAUUUUGGUGGUCAUCACUUCCUCCUGUGGCAGGGAGUUCCAUAGUCUGACUGUGCCCUGCAUGAAGAAGUACUUUUCUUUUAUAUGUCCUAAAUCUUCCAACAUUCAGCUUCCUUGGAUGGUCACGAGUUCUAGUGUCAUGAGAGAGGAGACAAAUUUCUCUCUGUGUGGAUUUCUUGGGCGACGCAGUAAUUUCCAAAUUACACAGCUCUGCUUAUGGACUGGCACAAAGGGCCUUUGGUCUAGCGCCGUGGCUCCCCCAGUGGGAGGUUCGGGUACUGCAGGCUUAAAUUCUAUAGUGUCCUGUCAGGCGUUCUGAUUAGAGAUUAUUAUUUUUGGAGGGGGGGGGGGAGACCACUAGGGUUGCUAUAUUUUGAAAAACAAAAACGAGGACGCUAUGACGACUCUCAUUUUAAAUACCCCUACUAUAUGUAGGCUAUAAAAGCUGUGAUAUAUUCCUGAGGGGGCCGGGCCGGAUUUAGGUUUGAUGAGGCCCUAAGCUACUGAAGGUAAUGGGGCCCUUUAUAUGUCCAGCCGUCCUUUGUCAACAACAAUGUGUCGCUGUUUUGUGUGCUGAAUAUACGCUAUAUGGUAAUUUAUGGACCUAGUAGGUAUCUAAAGCCUUUUGCGCAUAACAAAAUAUGUACAUCACAGGAGCCUACACAACACAAAACACUGUUGCUGUAUGUGGGUUUUAUUUGUUUUGUUUUUUAUCUUAUAUUUUGGAAAUGUACAUCCAGGUUUUUUUCCUUUACAUUUUUUGGGGGCCCCCAAGAGAAUGGGGCCCUAAGCUAUAGCUUGUUUAGCUUAUACAGUACGUAAAUCUGGCACGGGGGUGAGGCAGGAGAAGAGAAGAGGAAAGCAAAUCUUCAGCCACCAGUUAUGUCUAUGUCUCAUCCAGAAAGUAUAGCCUGAGACAUUUUGGCAAACUUUACAAAAAUCCACCCGGACAGAAAUUUUACCCCUGAAAAAGAGGACAUGUCCUGGGAAAAGAGGACAGAUGGCAACCCUGCCACUGACAGACGUUGCUUAGUUUUCUGUCUCCUUUGCAGGACGAAGAAUGUAUUGGAGAAACAGAAAGUAGAUAUGGGACUGCCUGGGUGAGGAUGAAGGGGUAUGGGGUGCAUGGACGUAGCCAGGAUUUAUUUUAGGGGGGGGGCAGGCUUUAUGUUGGGGGGGGGGCAGAACCGAGUUAUCUGCGACACAAUUGCUCAGUUAUUUACGUAUUGCCUGCUUAAACUCUGAGGUUUAAAGAGAGACCCGUUCCACCUUUUUCUCCCCUGCAGAGCCCUGGACUCUGUGCCUGUGUUGGCUUUCCCAGCUUACUGCCACGAGCGCUUCUCCAACAGCGGCUUUGGUUUUGCAGAGGAAUACCAGGUACAAGGUUGCUGUGGCAUCUGUAGCUCGGUGGGCAGAGCACCCGCUUUGCCCGCACAAGGUCCUGGGUUCAAUCCCCGGCGUCGCCAGGCAGGGCUGGGGAAGAAAGACCCUUGUCCCAAGUCCUGAAGAGCUGCUGCCAGCCAGUGUAGACAUUACUGAGGUGGACCAGUGGUCUGAUUGAGUAUAAGCCAUUUACAUUCCUAUGAUACAUUUAUUUAAAAUUAAAUUGCAGCGAAAAUACUCUGCCAUCCUUGUUUUAGACUGAAAAGGGUAUUCCAGAAAUUAAGAAUAAAGCCUAUUUUAAAGUACCCUACCAACGUAGCAGUAAGCAUCUUCCAGACAGUGCUUUUUUUUUUGUAUUUCUAUUAUUUUUAUUGAAUCUAUUUGUUGAUUUGCUUCAAGAAGAUCUUUAAAAAUGGAAUAUAAAUCCCAGUUUUCAUAACAAACAUUACUCUUGUGUGUCCUUUCCCUCUUGUUUCUUUUACUAAUUAAAUGAGUGCUGUUGCCAGAUAUAAGAGAUUCCGAAUCCUAUUCAGCUACUCAUUUAAAUAUUUCGGCCGUCGUUCUGUUUUAAAUACUUUACAUAUUCACUAUUUAAUUACUUUUCAUAUCCACUAUUUUAAAUACUUAGGCUGCAUUCUUUUUUUUCUUUUUUGUCAGAAUUUUUAUAUACUGCUUAUAAACAUUUUGAGAAACAGAGAAGAACCUUUGGGUUCGUGCUUUGCCUUGUUUUGUAGCUCUCUGCGCCUCUUGUUUCACCAUUUCUCUUUUCCAUGCCCACAUAACAGCAGCUGCAGGACGUGGGGACAGGACAGCCCCAGAGCGUGGCAGAGAGGCCUGAAAAUCAAGCCAAGAAUCGCUACAGCAACGUUCUGCCAUGUCAGUUUCGUUCCCCCUGCCCUGUUUUUUCCUUUGUCGGUUGCGCUUAGCAAAAGGAGUCUGCUUUAAUUUUGAACAUCUCACUACAGAGUGGUGGUUUCAGAUAUCACCUCAAAAGACCAGAGAUUCAAGCAGGAGGAGGUGGGAGGGGUCUGUCAUUGGUGCUUGAGAGUCACCUGACCCUUGACCCAGAAAUCUCGGGUAAGGCAGGCUUUGGCUCAGAUCGAUGAACUUCUUCGGAAAACUUCUCAUUCCUCACUACUUCAAAUCAUUUUUUCUGGCAAUGGGAGGAAUGUGCAUUGACCCUUGAGGGCUGGAUUUUAAUUAAUUGUUUUGUGAUUUUAUGUAAACUGUGUUACUUUUAUUGUUGUUAGCCGCUCUGAGCCCAACUUUGGCUGGGGAGGGUGGGAUAUAAAUUUAUUAUUAUUAUUAUUAUUAUUAUUAUUAUUAUUAUUAUUAUUCCUGCACCUGCCACUUUCUGACCCCCAUUUGAUAUAAAAAAAUAUUUGGCAUACAUCGUUUCCCCCCAUUUUUUCUUCACAACAACCCUGUGAGGUAGGCUAGGCCCAGAGAAAGGGAGCUUUUUGACUGAGUGGGGAUUUGAACCCUAGUCUGACGCUCUGACCACCACACUGCCUCUGCUGCUCAACUUUAUUCCUGCCACUUUUCAGUUAUGUAAAUCCAUAUUUGGUGCUGCUUUACUUUCAGUUUCAUCCAUUUAUCCACUUUCUCUGCUUUUACUUUUAACCCCUUUGGUUCCUUCUCUACAGAUGACCACUCGCGAGUUCAGCUCACCAUCAAAUCCGGAGACCCCAACUCAGAUUACAUCAAUGCAAGCUACAUGCCUGUGAGUCCCACCCCGGCUGCAUUUUUGUGUGAGAUGUGGUUUGGGACCCUUUGACAAAAACUGUAUAAGUUAAGUUAAGCUUGGCAUAGGUUUGGAAUUCAACUUUAGCACGGUAUAUCCUCAGCCCCCAAUAUAUAAUGCCAACUAGUCUCCAGUUUUCUCCCAGGGUUCAUUAACCUCCCAUUAAUGAGCAACAAUCUCAUGGUUAGAGAGAGUCUGCUUUGACUUUGCACAUCUCACUACAGAGUGACUUUGAGUACACUUAUUCUCACUUUUCGUAGCUUGCUUUUAGACAAGCAAUGGAAACUUUUUUUUAUUUCAACUAGCUUUUGUAGGUUGCCAUCCUUGUUUUGGCUCUUGCUGCUUUCUCUGUCAUCUUAAGAGUUGUUUUCAUUUUUAAUGACACGUUAUUGCUAUUAUACUUGGGGCUGCACACUUGCUUUCUUUGCCAGCCAGUCCCAUCUACUCCCACCCAACCCCAACCGCCCUUUGCCAAAGCCACCCUGUGGGAAUGUUCAGGGAUGCAGGAGAGGAUAUAUUGUGAGAUUAUAUCCUUAUCCAACUUGUGUUAACAAGUUCCCAAAAUAUCAGCAGAGUAAAACAUUCCCCUUUAUUUUAAGUUUGCAACGGUAGCGUUUGCUCAGGUUCGCUAGAACCUCUAUAAUAAUCACUCUGGUAAUUUCCCCUUUAUUCCCUCUUAAAAUACAAGACACGACACAGUCCUUUACAAAAGUAUAAAAAGAGUUUACUCACAUUCUGUUCACAUCAGAUCCCAGAAAGGCAGACUUAGGCUUAAUAAAGUAAUACACAUUUGGUAUCUAUCUUAUAAGAAGAUAGUCCCUUUGUCCUCUCUUGGCUGGGAGCCAAGAGGGCAUCUUUAGCUUAGUAGAUGUUGCUUCUUUGAAGGAAGAGAAGAGAGAGAGAGAUGGCUGCCCCUGCCCUGUGCUUUUGUCGUUACCUGCACAGGUGAGGCCACACCCACCUCUAGUCACAGGCGGAAGAAGUCUGUCCCAGGAAGUUUACCUGCUGGCUGGACAAACAUCCCUCCCCAUAUCUAAACAUGUACACUCUAGGAAUGUUGUAAUUGACUGCUCCUGUGUUUCACAUCCCACACACCCAGCACCCACUUUCACCAAAAACAGCACCCCCUCCUCUCCUAAAGCUCACCAAACCUCUGCGUCUUGCCUGAGCUGCCCACUCACUUGUCAGGGCUGUCUACCUGCCUGUCUCGGGUUCUGGUUCUCUCCUCUUCACCCUCUGACAUUGCUGUGAGGCCAAACAGCUCUGGGAACCCAGUUUCUCUUGUCUGUGGCAAAGCAAAGUGCAGUGUGAUGACAUUCUUGAAUUGUUAUUAUAUGUACAGAUACUGCUUUAUUUUUGCUUAGCAGCCACCUUGAAUAAAUAUAUGGAAAGGCAAGGCAUACAAAUGACAUAAAUCUGGGCAACACUUCUAUUAGGACAGCUGAGGGCAGACUGAGCAGGAGCUGGAAGGGGUGGUGUCCCCGCGUAUGUGAUAACUGGUGACUGUUAAUGGCAUGUGAAUGUGUGUGUGUGUGUGUGUGUGUGUGUGUGUGAACCACAGCCACCGUUGAAAUGUGGCCUCCUUCAGCUUUCCACCACAUAAAGUGGCUCUCAGUCUAAACAAGUUUUGCCACUCUUCGUUGUGACUUCAUUGGAUUUCCCAUUGAUUCCGUACUAAGGCAAAGCUCUCUCUCUCUCUCUCCUUCCUCAUUACUCACUCCAGGGCUUCGAUAGGGAAAAGGAGUUCAUAGCAGCCCAAGGCCCACUGCCUGGGACACUGUACGACUUCUGGCGCAUGAUAUGGGAGCAGCAGAUCGUGACCGUGGUCAUGCUCACUAACUGCACUGAGAACGGACGGGUGAGAAUUGUGCCGUUUGGCUGGGAGUCAGGAAACCGCUUGAACAAUGUUCUGCCUCUUGGGGGGGUGCCCAUUGGGGGAUGUGGGUGGCGCUGUGGUGUAAACCACUGAGCCUCUUGGGCUUGCCGAUCGGAAGGUUGGCGGUUCGAAUCCCCACAAUGGGGUGAGCUCCCGUUGCUCGGUCCCAGCUCCUGCCAACCUAGCAGUUUGAAAGCACACCAGUGCAAGUAGAGAAAUAGGUACUGCUGCAGCAGGAAGUUAGACUGCGUUUCCAUGCACUCUGGUUUCUGUCACGGUGUCCCGUUGCGCCAGAAGCAGUUUAGUCAUGCUGGCCACAUGACCCGGAAAGCUGUCUGUGGACAAACACUGGCUACUUUGGCCUGAAAGUGAGAUGAGCGCCACAACCCAAUAGUCGCCUUUGACUGGACUUAACCGUCCAGGGGUCCUUUAUUGUUUACCUUUACUUGCCCAUUCAAAAGGGGCAAGCCAUCUAGGGCUGUACAAAAUAUUAUCUACUUUGGAGUGUGUGUGUGUUCAAAACUAGUUUUUUCAGUGAGAUUGAUCACUUCUUCUUCCUUAAUCCUCUUCAGUGCCAUCGUUUCCGUUGUUUCCUUUCUCCUUUAUGAACUACCGUAUUUUUCGCUCUAUAAGACGCACCAGACCACAAGACUCACCUAGUUUUUGGAGGAGGAAAACAAGAAAAAAAAAAUUCUGAAUCUCAGAAGCCAGAACAGCAAGAGGGAUCGCUUCGCAGUGAAAGCAGCAAUCCCUCUUGUUGUUCUGGCUUCUGGGAUAGCUGCGCAGCCUGCAUUCGCUCCAUAAGACGCACACACAUUUACCCUUACUUUUUAGGAGGGAAAAAGUGAGUCUUAUAGAGCAAAAAAUAUGGUAGUUGCAUGCGUGAUCCCACCCCUUCAGGAUGAGGCCAUGAUGCUAAGCAGCCAAUUUGAUGGUAGGUUGUCGUAUGAGGGCAACUUACACAAAUAAGCAAAUCUUUCUUUUCUCCUCCCUAGAAGUGAUGGACAUUUUUCUAUGUUUGUAAAAGGCAGCAGAUGGUCUCAGGCAGGGAGCAGAAGUGUGGAGCUCAUUCCAAAGAGCUUGCGACUCCCUAGCUGCUGUGAGGAGGGUGUAGAUGUAGACCUGGUCUUCAGGGCCCUUGAUCUGUAACAGCCCAACCAAACCUGACCAAAGUUUGACAGUUGCUCCGCUCUUCCACAAGGCCAGUCCUUCCACUAAUGUUCUUGGCUCUCCCCUUGCCCCUUCCCCAACCUUCUUCUGGUCAGGUGAAAUGUGAACGCUACUGGCCUCUGGACUACACACCCUGCACCUACGACAACAUCACAGUGUCCGUCGUCACAGAGACAAUCCUUCCCGAUUGGACCAUCCGAGAUUUCACUAUCAAGCAGGUGACGGAGCGGGGAUCAGGACCGCCUCCCCUGGCGUUCCAUCCAAAUGGUUUCUGCCAGAAUAACUGCCCUGUGAAGUGAUAUUUAUCCAACUGCUUUAUCAUUGCAACAGAGGCUGUUGCCAAUUCCAUAGUCUCUUUUCUCCAGCUUUUUUGAGACCCACUCUGUUCUUGUUUUCUUAGUUUUCUGAUCUUUAGUGUUGCAUUUUAAAUUGCUGGGGCGCAUCUCGGGACCUUAGGGUGAAGAUUGGGAAGUGAAUCAAAUUGUUAUUGUUUAAAAAUAACGAUGAUGAUGAUAAAUAAUAAUGGUGGUGAUAAUAAUCGUGACAAUAAUAAUGGUACUGACUGUCAUAAUUUUAAUUAAAGAUAUCCCUUUGAAAAUGAUAAUAAUGAAAUAAUCAGUACUUCUAAUUGUGAACUCAACAAAAUAAAAGGGAGUCACUGAGAGACAGGGAAGUAAUCAGUGGCGGAGCUUCAAGCUCCGGCGUGGGGGCGGAGAGCAAGUGGGGGCGUGGCUGGCAUGCGUCCCGGGGGCGUGGUGUGCAUCCUUGGGGCGUGACACCCAGCGCGGGGGAGGACAGCCACGAUGGCACCCCACUGGGAUUGUGCCGCUGGGGGCGGUGCACUCCCCCCGCACCCCUGUUCCUCUGCCAGUGGAAGCAAUCCCAAGGCAUGCAUAAGCCAAAAAUACCCUUUAAAACACUGGGGGAUGGGCAGCCUUAUAAAACCCAAAUAAUUUCUAGUUGAAAAACAGUAAUGAUGAUGAUGAUGAUGAUGAUGAUGAUGAUGAUGGAGGAACCCCAGGCUAACUUUGGAACCCCUCCUAGUUGGGUUAUAUGAUUUUUUUGGUCAGGAUAUGAGAGAGGCUUCCUGAUCUUGAGCCACAAGAUCUUCCUGAAUUCUGCUGUGCCUCCUGUAUAUUGGGUUGUUUUUGGCCCUGAUCCCAGCUUGAUCCUAGAUCCUGCUCCCUGAAGUUCAUCCUCCAGUUGUAGUUUACUCUUCUAUCUCAACCGCUGGCUCGUCCCACAGAACCUCAUUUCCACCUCCCAUCCCAGCCCUGACAGCGGGCGAGGAAGGUACGCUGCAACAAAAUGUUGCAGGUCCCACUUUGUUAUCUCGGACACCAAGCUCAAGUGGUUGGGUUUGGGAGCGGAACAAAGCCACUUCAAAAUAAACUGCAAAAGCCCUCGGUAUACAGAAUCAUAGAAGUUUGGAAAUAAAAACAAACAAAUGAAAACUCUUCCCCCCCAUCACCACAUGGUGUGACAAGGACCUGAGAGCUUCCACGGCUUUCAGGAUGUUGAGGUGCCAAUUGGAAAGAAACGGAGGUGAAACUUAGGGGUGGUUCUGAAGAAAGCGCUUGAAUUGUGUGUGUGUCCCAACAGGUGAACCUAUCUGAGGUCCACCUGGCCAGGCAUUACCACUACACGUCGUGGCCGGACCAUGGGGUGCCCAAAAUCACAAGCACCAUCCUUCACUUCCGAGACCUUGUGAGGGCCCACAUAGAGGAGCACAGAGGCGCUGGGCCAGCUCUGGUACACUGCAGGUAAACCCAAGAGGAGGGGAAGAGAGGAUCGGGGCAGGGGAGAGCCAGGGAGAAGUGUAAGCCACAGGUUCUGUAGACUGAGGCUGCGGAGGGACAACAAACAGCAGAGCCACUUCAACCCAGAGUAGCUUAAGAAGAAGAAGAAGAGUUUGGAUUUGAUAUCCCGCUUUAUCACUACCCUAAGGAGUCUCAAAGCGGCUAACAUUCUCCUUUCCCUUCCUCCCCCACAACAAAUACUCUGUGAGGUGAGUGAGGCUGAGAGACUUCAGAGAAGUGUGACUGGCCCAAGGUCACCCAGUAGCUGCAUGUGGAGGAGCGGAGAGGCAAACCCGGUUCACCAGGUUACGAGUCUACCGCUCUUAACCACUACACCACACUGGCUCUCCAUCCAUCCAACGUAACUAUCCCUAACGCCUCUUCCCAUGGAAUUCUGGGAAUUGUGGCUCGGGGGGGGGGAAUUGGGAGUCUCCUAACAACUCCCAGCACCCUUAAUGAACUACAGCUCCCAGAAUUCUUUGGGGCAGCCGUGACUCUUUGAAGUGGCAUCAUAGCGCUAUAAAUGUGUCGUGUGAAUGUGGCCUUGGUCUUGGUUGACACUGUCCUCUCUUUCCCUCUCCCACCUCUCCAGCGCAGGUGUUGGCCGGACGGGGACGUUCAUCUCCCUGGACUCCCUGCUGCGCCAAGCCCAGGUCACAGGGGAGCUUGGAGUCUUCUCCUUUGUUCGGAAGCUGAGGAUGAACCGUCCGCUCAUGAUUCAGACUGAGGUGAGAGGCUUGGAAUAUGUCGUUAUGUGAAGCAGAUCUGUCCUGAAAAAGAAGUUCAAAAGUACACCAGUGCAAGUAAAUAAAUAGGUACCACUGCGGUGGGAAGGUAAACGGCGUUUCCACGGGCUUUGGUUUCUAUCACGGUGUCCCGUUGUGCCAGAAGUGGUUUAGUCAUGUUGGCCACAUGACCUGGAAAACUGUCUGUGGACAACGCCAGCUCCCUUGGCCUGAAAAGCGAGAUGAGCACAGCAACCCCAUAGUCACCAUUGACUGGACUUAACCUUUUACCUUUAGUUACUAAACAGCUUCCCUCUGGCUCUCUUUGGAGACUUCAGUUCUUUGAUAAAUGACUUAAGAGGAUGCAGGCAAACAUCUAGGCCAUCCAUCACAUCUGUAAGAAUGUGAAGAGGCCCCCUAUUGAUUGGGGGCCUCUGGUUGACCCCUGUGAGGUCAGGAUGCUGGACUAGAUGGGCCAUGGGCUUCAUCCAGCAGGGCUCUUUUUGACGUAAGAAGUGCUCAAAGCUGCCCUGACAGAGAGCUGAAUCUUCCUGAGCUAUACAUGUGACAAAGCAAGUUGAAAUUCUGUCCUUCUGGCAGUGCUCUAAUCCACACACCCUUAACACCCUCUUUUCUCCACAGUCCCAGUUCGUCUUUCUUCACCAAUGUCUCCUGGAUGCCCUCCAGCCUCCUCCUCAGAGUGACAGUGAGAAGACAGAGCACACGGCAGUGUAUGAAAACACCUGGGCCCUGCAGGGCUACGAGGUGUCCCGGGUGUGA